AUGGAGGUUGGCCAGCGGUGUCGUCUCCGUAUCGCCGACUGCACGUCCACGCAAGCCACGCAAAGCUCGGAUGACAUCCACAACGACGGGUUCGCUGUAACAGGUAUCGUGGUGGGGGUGCGCCCCCACGCCGAGGAGCCUUGGCGGCUCUUGUACUACGUUCACUGCACUCACAUCGAAUUUGGCGCGGAGCUGGCGCGACAGCGGCGCAAGGCGGCUGCACUGUCGUGGAGCGGGACUCCACUGGGCACUGUUGGGAGCGGCACCAUACACAGCUGUAAUGAGCUGCGUGCCAUCAGCGGCAGCUUUAUCUCAAGCCACGGCUACCACUACCGCUACGAUGGCUGGUAUGAUGCCUUCGCUCUUGCCCCGCUGUCUGCGCGCGCUGCCGUCACUAACAACACCGCUGCAAUGACUUCCGCUAGCUCUUUGCCUCCCAUGGGGUCUGCAACGGUGCCGGAGCCGUGCGAUGACGGGGGAGCGGUGCCGGUGUCCACUGUCUCGCUAUUGCCUGGAGAGCACUGCGAAGCGCAGGAGUGGGUGGCCGCGAUGGAGCGUGACACGGCCGUCUGCGAGGUGGUGUACCUAUGCUACUCUUUCCAGCCCUGGUUUCCCGCACCCUACGGCGCUCUAGAGUAUCUGGCCCUCCCCGAGGACGAUGUCUGCCACUCCGUCUACGUGUGCCACCGGUGCCUCUCGCCAUUCUUCACGCGGGAGCAGUACUACGUACACCUGGCCGGCGAGUACUGCCGCCUGCGCACACCGCCUGGCCGACUCCUUUACCACGACGGGGACGCCGGGUACAAGGUGUUCCUCGUGGACGGCGCCAAGAACCUUCACUAUGGCCGCUGCCUGUCCCUCUUGGGAAAGCAGCUCAUCGAGAGCAAACUACUGUUGAAUGACGUCGACCUGUACGAGUACGUAGUGGUGACGAUACCCCGUGCCUCGCUGCCGUACAUACCAGCCGCACUAGCGUCCUGCACGUCUGCCGAAGAGCCCGGGGUGGACACCUCGAUUGCACUCUCGAGUGAAGGGUUUCGCCGGACCGCGAGCGACUUCGAUGCGGAGGGCUGGGACGGCGACGCAGUGAUGGGGUACUUCAGUAGGCUGAAGCACUACCCCGAUCACACGCUCUCGUGCAUCGUCACGCUGCCUAUGUUUCAACGGGCGCGUGUGGCCACGUUCUUGCUGGACGUGGCGUACUGGAUGACUCGGCAGCGGCAGCGUGUGUGCGGGUGCGGUUUUUGUGGGAAGUCCGGUGGCGCCAUCAGUCGGCCUUUCUCACCCCAUGGGGAAUCACUGCUGCUCUCGUACUGGCGACGCGCCCUGCUGCGGUCGCUAGCUGCGGUCGCACCGUCGUACCGUCGUGUGUCGCGGACCGCACAGCCGGAGCUACGCUUCACCCUGGAGGAGCUCCGCGCGCUGAUUGACAUACCAAUCCACACGGACGACUUGAAAACACUGCUGCUGCAGAGCGAGUUUGCCUUCUAUCAGCCCAUUGCCGCCAGUGCCGUGUCGACGCGCGACUGCGGCGAUGACGACAGCGCCUCACCACUAACUUCUCCGACCUCUUCAACGAGAAGGCCGCGCCGAAAGCACAGCCGCGCCCCCGCCUCGCUGAAAGACUCCAAGGCGAGCGGCGGCAGACAGGCUUCCUCUUCCUUGGCAGGAGGCAGCGCUGGCAAUGGUGGCAGCUCAGCACCUUGUGCGCGCUACACGGCCACGUUGGUUCUGGAGACCACACUCCUUGAGGCAGUAGCAAAGCUUCCCACAAAGGCGCCGCAUUCGUGCGUUACGUUCGACAAGCGCUGGCUCGUGAAGGAUGAGCGUAGCGCCUACGCGUACGAUGUGCCGCACUACCACUACUGA